AUGGCAAUGCCCACGCGGCCAGCCGGCCCGGGCCCAGGUGCUCUAUUUCAAGCGCAACGCCAACUUGCGCCAGGGGCACGCGUCAGGAUUGGCGAGCACACCGUCACGAUAGACAGAUUCCUUUCGCAGGGUGGAUUUGCACGUGUAUACCUUGUCCUUGCUGAUCGGGCGGUGCCGCUUCCCGGCCAAGCGACGUCGCGCGAGCUUGUCUUAAAGCACAUGUGCGUGUGCACCGAGGAGGCAUUGGCCAGUGUUAAGGCCGAGGUUGAGCUGCAUCGCAAACUGCGCGGGCACAAGCCGAUUGUGCACUUUAUCGAGGCGAGUGCAUCGACGUCUCCGACCGGGUGGGAGAUUUUCAUGCUGAUGGAGUCGUGCAAUGGCGGCGGCCUAAUUGAUUUUCUGAAUACACGCCUGAAGAAUAGGCUAGAUGAGCGGGAGGUGCUUGGCAUUUUCCAGGAUAUUUGCGAGGGCGUGAGCGUGCUGCAUCAUAUGCAGCCGCGCAUGGUACACCGCGACUUGAAGAUUGAGAAUAUCUUGCUGAGUCAUGCCGAUCCGCCGAUGUUUAAGCUGUGCGACUUUGGCUCGUGCAUAGAAAUCGUGUCGGAUACAGUAGCCACUACAGGCGCAGAGAUGCAGGCGUGCGAACGCGAUCUGAACAUGCACACCACGAUGCAGUAUCGCGCGCCGGAAAUGGUCAACCUGCGUUUGCAACGCCCGAUUAAUGAAAAGGCAGAUAUCUGGGCACUGGGUGUGCUGCUCUACAAGCUUUGCUACUACACCACGCCGUUUGAGGCGCCGGGCGCUGGCGCGCCGGCGAUCUUAGCCGCGCGCUACGAAUUUCCCGCACACCCAGCCUACUCGAGCACGUUGCGCGACUUGAUUGCGUCGAUGCUCAUGGAGGAUUUGACGCAGCGCCCGACUGUGGAUGCGCUCAAGGCGAGUGUGCAUACGAUGCUCGAGCAAGGCGUGCAAUGUGCGCCGCGCGGCACAGACGCGCUGCGUGCAAAAGCUGGCGGUACAAGCGCCGUGCGCACACAAACACCGACACUUGCGCCCAGCAGCCCAUGCGAGGUGCCGUCGAUGGACAAUGCAGAAGACGUCCAGAGGCGCUUUCCCGCCGUCGAAGACUUUGAACCGGUCCCAGCCCGGCGCUCUGUGCGCGAUAUUGCUGCGAGUAUGUCCUGUGCCGAGCUGCCGGUACCCAAGCCUGCCAUGCCUGCACGGAGCAACAGCGAUCGAGUGCACCGCGCGCCGAUGCCGCUGCUUGCGGACUCGAGCGAAGAGGAGACAGAGCCAGAGGACGUUGAGCCAAUGUUUCAUGUGCGGGCGCGGGGAAUCCAGCAUGUGCCUGGCCACGCCGAAACAUCGUCGCCCGCAUCCACACCAGCUCCUGCUGCAGACAAGCGCGCAUUUGUGCGUGCACAGGUUGACGCGCCCCAUAAUGGCCUCGCCUGCUCAGACCGUGCCGCGUCUCUCGACACACUGCUGAUGCAGGACGACACCAUAGAAACUGCCAGCGCGCCGGAAAACGAACCCAGUUGUUCGGACGCCGCAAAAGACCACAGCGUUGACUCGGAUACUGCGCUUGCUGCACAGGAAAAAGCGCUCGAAGCGCUACUCGAGCCUGGCAUGCGCACGUCUCUGCAGCAAGAAACGCAGAAAGAGCCGAUCGUAGGCGAUCUGCUCGGCAUCAAAGAGCUAUCCCUCACAGAAGCUGCAAAGCGUGCGCCUGCAUGGGAAGAAAACGAUACCAACCGGGACCCUCUGCCAAAACCGAGCGCGGUGCGUGUGAACAGUGCAAAACGCUCGUCCACAUGGGACCUCGCGUCGAAGCCACCGCCGCCAAAACCCAAGCCUAAACAGUACGUCGACGCUGCCACCUCCCCUGGACUCUCGCCCCGUGUUCUGAGCGCCGACCCUGUAGAAAAAGAGCCAUUUUCGCCGCCAGCAGCCGUGGCGUCACCACGAGGCGACGCCACGCCCUCCUCAAAAAGCCCACCCGCUGCAACGCAUGCAGUGCACGCCUUACUGAGCCAACGCCAGGGCCAAGUGCGCCUGACGAAACGGCCGGCGCAAGAUGCAACGCCGAAGCCAUGGGAAAAAGAAGCUGCUGCUCGUGCACGUCUCCAGCACGGCAUGGCUGCUGCACAGCCAGAGACAAGUGCAUCGCCCGAGCCGCAGGAAUCGUUUCAAGGAGUGGGCGCGCUAAUCCAUCAAUGGCAAUCGCGACACUAG